AUGGAUAUUGAUGAUAUAAGUAGUCGCUUGAGGCGGUUAAAGAGCAAAAGGGUUGAUAUUUCAAUUAAAAAUCGUAAAGAAAUAGUUAGUGAGGAGGUUUUACAGGUAGGCAGAAGCAAGCCAGAGGUAUAUAGCAUAAAUGAUGAAGGUGCGGCGGUCAAUGAAGUACAAUCAACUUCCAAUACCGAAAGAAGAAAACUUUUAAACUAUAGUUUAAUAGACUAUGAGAAAUGGGAUGAAAAGGAAAAACAGGCUAACUUUGAUGGUACAUAUUCAGGAGACAUAGCAUAUAGUACAUACAAAAACGAAAUCAAGCAACUAAGGAAAGGAGGGUUAACAAAGGGCAAAAUUACAAAGGGAAGAAUUAGUGAGUCUGGAAAAGUAGCCAUCGAGGAUGAAAAAGAAUUGGUUAACAAGCUAGCCCAAACUCUUGAAAAAACGUCACGAGAGAGAUUUCUACGUGAAAAGAAAAGGCUUGACGGACACAAAGCGAAUACGUCAGAAUUAGGAAACUUUGUGAAUGAAAAGAAUCGACACUUUAAUGAAAAACUAUCCCGACAAUUUAAAGAACUGGGUCCCUAA